GCGUCCCGGGUCGCCUUGCCGCGCCGUGACCUGCAGACCCUGCGGCCGCGGUCCGGCCCGGGUCCCACGCCCCCGCCGCCCUGCGCACCCUACUCCGCCGGCCGCCCCGCCUCGCGCGCUCGCAGACCCCCGGGGCGGCUGCCGGGAGAGAUGCUGGAAGAAACUUCUUAAAUGACCGCGUCCGGCUGGCAGUGGAGCAUUUCUGGGUUGGGGAGAGGAAAGGAAAGUGGAAAAAAACUGAGAACUUCCUGAUCUCUCUCGCUGUGAGACAUGUCUGAGACUCCUGCUCAGUGUAGCAUUAAGCAGGAACGAAUUUCAUAUACACCUCCAGAGAGUCCACUGCCGAAUUACACUUCCUCCACUCCACUUCAGGUUCCAGUGCCUAGAGCGCUCAGGAUGGAGGAAGACUCGAUCCGCCUGCCAGCGCCCUUACGCUUGCAGCCAAUUUACUGGAGCAGGGAUGACGUAGCCCAGUGGCUCAAGUGGGCUGAAAAUGAGUUUUCUUUAAGGCCAAUUGACAGCAACACGUUUGAGAUGAAUGGCAAAGCUCUCCUGCUGCUGACCAAAGAGGACUUUCGCUAUCGAUCUCCACAUUCAGGUGAUGUACUCUAUGAACUCCUUCAGCAUAUUCUGAAGCAGAGGAAACCUCGGAUUCUCUUUUCACCAUUCUUCCACCCUGGAAACUCUAUACACACACAGCCAGAAGUCAUCCUGCACCAGAACCAUGAGGAAGAUAAUUGUGUCCAGAGAACCCCGAGACCAUCUGUGGAUAAUGUACACCACAACCCACCUACCAUUGAACUGUUGCACCGGUCCAGGUCACCCAUCACCACAAAUCACCGGCCUUCUCCCGACCCUGAGCAACGUCCCCUCCGGUCCCCCCUGGACAACAUGAUCCGCCGCCUCUCACCAGCCGAGCGGGCCCAGGGACCGAGGCUCCACCAGGAGAACAACCACCAGGAGUCAUACCCUCUGUCCGUGUCUCCCAUGGAGAAUAAUCACUGCCCACCGUCCUCGGAGUCACACCAGAAGCCAUCCAGCCCCCGGCAGGAGAGCACACGUGUCAUCCAGCUGAUGCCCAGUCCCAUCAUGCACCCCCUGAUCCUGAACCCCCGACACUCCGUGGAUUUUAAACAGUCCAGGCUCUCCGAGGAUGGGAUGCAUAGGGAAGGGAAACCCAUCAACCUCUCUCACCGGGAAGACCUGGCCUACAUGAACCACUUCAUGGUCUCCGUCUCCCCGCCUGAGGAGCACGCCAUGCCCAUUGGGAGAAUAGCAGACUGUAGACUGCUUUGGGAUUACGUCUAUCAGUUGCUUUCUGACAGCCGGUACGAAAACUUCAUCCGAUGGGAGGACAAAGAAUCCAAAAUAUUCCGGAUAGUGGAUCCCAAUGGACUUGCUCGACUGUGGGGAAACCAUAAGAACAGAACAAACAUGACCUAUGAGAAAAUGUCCAGAGCCCUGCGCCACUACUACAAACUAAACAUUAUCAGGAAGGAGCCAGGACAAAGGCUUUUGUUCAGGUUUAUGAAAACCCCAGAUGAAAUCAUGAGUGGCCGGACAGACCGUUUGGAGCACCUUGAGUCCCAGGAGCUGGAUGAACAAAUAUACCAAGAAGAUGAAUGCUGAAGAAGCCAACCCAGUACUGUGGCACCGGGCAGCAGCAGAGACCCUGUUCACCAGGACACAGGGCUGAGGAGCGCUGAAAAGGAAGAGACCCUGACACAGGAGUGACACUCUCCUGCAUACAAGAAGGGACCCUGGAGCACCUUAGACAAACCACCCAGCAAAGGCGGGGCUGGAAUUCUGGCCAAGGGCACAAGCCUGGGACUCUCGCUUCAUGUUUCCUUCUCAUUGGGAAUCACUCGAUCUGUAAUUCCUCACCUUCCCACCGAUUUUUUAGUUUCAUGGUGUUUUUGUUUUUGUUUUUGUUUUUUAAGAACACACAGUUUGACUUUUCAUCAUUCAUUAUAAGGGAAGACAUCUGAUGUGUUUUCCUAUGGAAAUAUAUAUCUAUUAUAUAUAUAUAUAUAUAUAUAUAUUGCAGAUCUCACAAAGUGCGCCAAGCCCAGCUGGUCAGGAAAGAGAAUCUUGGCUAAAGAGUUCAGGUUCCUCUUUUCCUGCCAUGUGGACCAGGUUUAUUCCUGUUGUUGGGUAUUGGCUCAAAACAAAA